AAACAUAAAUUUUUCAAUUCAUUUCAGUUUCGAUCGUACUCGAGUGCGAAUGUAUCCCGUGUGCGAUACACAGUGUUGUGCCGUGCGCUCCACCCAAUUUUUUGUUGUUGUGCGGAGAGAGUCUCCCCCGGUAGGCAAAGAAGACGCGAAUCGUUCGUGUUGUUGAAAAGGCAGGCGGGGAACGGUGACGACGACGACGACGACGACGGGGAAUCAAUAUGUGAGAAGAAGAAAACGGUUUUUUUCUGAUUCGGGAAGAAGCUCGAGGCGAGCACUGAAGAGAAGGUCUAAUGAGUUUCCGUUAGUGUUGUUAGAAUUUUUAAGUGUUACGCAUCGUUACAGUUGAAGGUUGUUCCGCGUGGUUUUUUUUUCUCAAUUCUAUUCUCUCGGUUUUUUCUGGUUUACCACCGGAACUGGGUUCUUUGUACAGUGUUGAGUAAUCGAAACUUUGCUGGGGGUGUGCUGGCGACGCAGUUGGCCCUGCCGUGUGGUGAUUUUUUUCUACGGCUACUAUUCUUGCCAACGUUUCGAGAGUGAGAAAGGAAAACGGGUGAAAGAGACACACAGUGUGGUUUAUGACACGUACACUUGUCAUUUGUGUUAAGUGUGGAAUUUAGCCAGUGUUUGUCGAAAAUUGAAAGCCAGGAUAGUACUGACUGGAAGCGUCCAUAUUUAGAAAAUUGGAUAACAGUUCAGGAGCUGUCAAAAGGAAGUAUGCAGUGACAUAUUCGUACUUUUGUUUGUCAGAGGAAUGUCCCCGGAGCGACAUCCUGCUGCCCGGAACGAUAGUGAUGGUGGUGGUGGUGGCGGUGGAGGUGGAACAGUAAUCGGUGGACAUUUUACAGUGGAAUCCUUGUCAGUGCCUGGUUCAAACUCAGAACAGUUAGACGCAUUGCCGUCUGUCGGCUCCAGUAUGGUGCUUUCGUCGAUUCCGUUGGAAGGCAAUCAGCUUAUCCUGCAGCAACAUUUGGCGCAUCAGCAUCAACAAUCGCAGCAGCAGCAGCAGCAACAACAUCACAUCAUUGCCUCUGGCAACGGCUCCAAUCAGGGCAACACCAACACCAGCGGUAGUGCAAUCAGUGCUGCCGGUAGUGUCGGCAGUAAUCAUAGCAUAAUCAUCAACAAUAACACUAGUUUUAAGAACCACAACAAUAUCAUAAUUAGUGGCAGCAACGGCAGUAACAACAGCAGCAACAAUCAUACCUACACCAUAAACCUUAGUGCUAGCCAUAACGGCCACGCGGUACUCGCGAACGGCACCGGCAGCAUCCCGAUCCAUAGUUACGCACAGCCAUCGGUUACUGGUGCCACUACCGUAAACGGUAGCCAUAGUAGUCCCCAUCACCUGGGGCAAACCUUCCACCAUCAGUUGCUACAUCCCGCGUCGAACCCGGCUCCCAGUGCUACACUCAUCAGCGCCAGCAGCAUAGCAACAGCCCAUAGCAACGGUCUAACAUCGACAUCGACGACGACGGUGGUGGCGCCAACCCCGCAGACGUCUCAGCCUACGGCGGCAGUGCCAUCCAAGCUCGUACUACUGCAGCAAGGACAUCUCGGCGAAAAUUAUAUAACGACCACCGACGGCAUGAACGGUGUCGGUAACAUUGUCCUGCUCGCUACCGAACAGAUGGACAUGAGCAGCGCCGAGCACGAUCUGCUGAAUAAUAACGUGAUCAUCACUAGCAACGGAGGUAGCGGCGGCGGUGGAGUCACUGGCGGACCCGGUAGCGGUCACAUCAUUGGUCACAGCUACGGCGGAAGUAAUCAUAACCAUCAGCAUAACAGCCAUCAUCAUCCACUGCGGAAUGGCACAACGACGGUGCUAACGGCCAGCGGCGCUGGGGUUGUUGUCAACGCAGACGAGGAACUGACGCCGCUCACGUGGCUGCACGACAAGAAUCUUCUCAAAGGUAUAAACCUAUCAAAAGUUCCCGUUUCUUUACCGGACAGCCCCAGCCGCCAGGUUGGCGGUCACCUCUCUCCGACCAGUGAUUUUGUCGAAGAUUCUAGUGUCUCGGAGGACAAUACGUCCUCCGCUAACUCGUCAUCCGAUCAGAGCAUAGGCGUCUACUGCACGGAAACAAUCCAUCCCGUUGCACGAACAGCUCCGGCCGGAACGACCGCUACCAGUCACCACACGUUCCAAUUGGGCCACGGAAAUGCGCGAACCAUCACCACAAUCAGUGGCGAAACCAUCGUCGAAUACCCGGUUAUCAGCGGUGAAGAGAAAGAGCUGAAAUCACCCUCAUCGACGGUUUCCUGUGCGUCCUCUUCUUCACCUCCGUCGUCCAGUUCGUCACUGUACAACUCUGCACCUUCGCCGGCUGGCUCCUCUGGCCAAGUUGCCCCACCAGUGGCUCACAGCGGAAGCAACAGUGGCAAUAGUACGCCUCAUCAGCACUUUCACAAGAAGUACCUGCGAGAGGAGCACGUAAAACAGCUCAAAAAGGUCAGCAACUCCUACGUUACCCCGAUUAAACAGCAGCCAAGUGCAAUCAAAUACGAAGAAGGUGAAAUCGUCGAAGAUCGCCCGUAUCCUUCGGCACCAGUCAAGAAUGGUUAUCAGCUGGCUGUUUCACCGACGAACGCCGGCAACGACGACUACAGCAGUAACUACGGAACGCUGACCACCAUGAAGCCCCCGUCAUCUCCGCCACUUUCGCCCCAGCAUAUGAACGGCAGCGGGAGCAUGACCGGUAUUUAUCCACUGGUGCCGCCGCCAUCGCUUUCGUCCCCGCAGCCAACAUCCGUCGGCAGUGGUCAACAUUCACCCGCAAAACUAUCACCUCCAAAGUCGAAACAUCCGACCAACGUGCCAUACGAUCCGCAGGUUCACGUCCACAGUAAGCCACCGUUCAGUUUUAGUUCACUGAUUUUUAUGGCGAUCGAAAACUGUCAGCAAAAGGCACUCCCGGUAAAGGAAAUCUACGCCUGGAUUGUGCAUCACUUUCCGUACUUCAAAACGGCACCGACCGGGUGGAAGAACAGCGUGCGGCAUAACUUGUCCCUGAACAAGUGUUUCCAGAAGGUGGAAAAAGCGGCGGACUCGUCUUUGCAGAACCUGGGAAAAGGAUCCCUGUGGAUGGUGGAGCCCCAGUACCGGCCCAAUUUGAUUCAGGCUCUGUCGCGGUCACCUUUCCACUCUGGAUCGGGAAUUGAUAAGACAACCUAUAAGGCGAUGCAAGCGCAACAACAGCAGCAGCAUCAACGAUCUACGGAUAGUCCCACCAGUAGUGUUGGCAGUAGCUAUUCCAAGGACAACUUUCCAUACCUCGCUAGUCGUUUAGCCCCAGGGGAGGCUCAGAAUGGAGCUCAUGCGCAUCAUCUGCAUGGUUUGCAACAUCCGGAUCUGGAUGGAGAUGACUUCAGUCGAUCAUCGACGCCAAUAGACUAUGAUGGCGAUCUACCGCAGCCUUCCUCGGUCCACGGACCCUACCACGUGACUUAUCUUCAUCACCCUCACGGUGGACCUCCUCCGCCUGAAGCAAUAGCUAGUGCUGUCUUUGUGGGUGCUGCGUCGGGCGUUCAGACAAAUGACGCGGCUGGUCGCGACUGGAGUGCAGACACGAUCGAUGAUGUUAAUGCAGCGACUGCCAUGUUGGCACUGAAGCACGGACCAAAAAUUUUCACCGAGGGAUUCCAGAAUGGAACUCCACCGGUAAUUACUACUUCGCCAAGCGAAGAUCAUACCUACUCAGCAGGUGGUGGCAUCCAAACAUCCGGAGCUAGUGGUCGCUCGAGUCAAGCCAACAGUGACAAUAUCAGCAAUGGAACUUUAUCCGAUGCUGCCUACGAGAGCAGUGAGGAAAGCCAAAACCUGCCGGCAGCGGAUGAUCUGGAAGAGCAGCGUCGUCAGGCCGGUGUUGAUGCGCUACUCAAUCUGGCCGGUAUUACCGAUUAUGCCUCAUCUACCACCAGUCAGUCCGGAACGCCGUCGUCAUCGCUGAAAAGACCUGCAUCGACGCCGUACGAUUCCGGUCACCAGUCACCGUACCAGCAAGCGUCCACAGAGAGUACGCCUCCGUCGGGCUACAGCAGCGUGGUCGCUAGUCAGCCGGCUCAGCCACCGUUCCGAAACUACUACAUGCCGGAUGAUCUGAGCCAGUAUUCGUCGCCGUCGCCGCCAAAGAAGAGCAAACCCUCGUCGGCUAGGAUGCUGAAAAAGUUCAAGAAGAAGGCCUCCUGGGUACGGUAAUAUAGUGCCGAAAGGCGACGCUCCGGCCUCGACGCAUCGUCCCGGGAGUCGCAAGGUGCGGUCGGUACCGAGCAGUAGAGAUACCACGGGGCUAAAGCCUGGUUGAAGCUACGGGGGAUAACUGAGUCAGUUGAGUCGUAGAAUUCCCUUUCGUUCAAAUGUGUUUCGUGUUUAAAAGUGGCUACUCGGAUCACACUUCCAGGAAGCCAUUUUUUUUCACAUUAGACGUUUGGACGUUUAUAGUACAGGAAACUUUUCGCUUGAACUCGACAGUACGACAUGAAAUUAUAACUCAUUUAUUUCCUAAGCUUGAAUCCUGCGUUGUGAAAGGGAUUUUACGCCAAUCCAGCUAACCGUUGGUUGCUGCCCUCUAACAUGAAACUUUGUUAGUUUGGCUACAGUUGGUGGCACUCUAAAUCGAAUUAUCAAUUUUCAUAGAUUCCAUAGCUUUAGAGUAAAAAAUUUAGAUUUUGCUCUUGAAAAAAUGCUUAAAUUUCCAAUGUCACCAAACUCCCAAAGUUUCACAAAAAUCGGAGAUGGGUUUGCCAACUUCAUAGUCUAGUUUGCUGAAAUCCCCAAUGUUUGUAAAAAAAAAAACUAAAUAAAAUUGUGCAGGGAGGAAUGAGGAAGCCGAAACAAAAAACGAAGCAUAUUUCAGUCGGAGGAAAAAAGGAAAUCGCGACGGCUUUGGUUUAGAUGUCCUUGUAGAAAAUAUUUAAAACUUACCACAAAGUUUGGCACUGAAAAUUCCAACAUUGUUGACAUUCUACCGAUGGAAGAUGAGAAAGCAAAAAAGAAAUAAUAGAAUUUUGCAGAACUAGUUUUUUGUACACUUCAAACAAACCAAAAUUGCAUUUUUUUUCUGUUGAAAAAGUUAUUAUUUAUUUAAGCCGUUAGUGUAAAGACAAAGGAAAAACAUUAGAUAGAGCUAGUGUUUUGCGUUUUGUUUUUUCUAUUAUAGAGUGUGGAUUACGAGUCCCUUUGUUUAGUUUAGCCGUUAGGUUACGACCGUUGUCAGUGGAUAACGCUAAUAAUUGAAAAAACAGAAAACAGAAAAAUUCAUAGAAAAUGAACUUAGUCACUCGCGCCUAUGAUUUUUACUAGAACUAUAGAACGAUUUUUUUCUACAUGCUAUCUAUUGUAAAAGGGUGAAAACGGAUGUAAGAGUUUGGGUAAGAUGUGAGUAGAAGCUUAGAAAAAAAAAACAAAUGAUAAUCUGGAAAAAACACACACACGCAACACACAUUUACAGUGAAGAGUAGUAAGACGGAAGCAAGCAUGAUUUAGUUUAAAGUUUAGUGGUUAGUGGAUGCUGUACGUUAACAAUAAAUCAAAAAACUAACGCGUCGUUGACGCGAAGCCGCGCUUGGAAUAAAAAUAGUUAUCAUAGUCAGAAACCGAAGCAAGCCAAGCAUUGUUUAUUUUGCUUUUUCGGUGUAAGGUUUAAACGUUUGCUUAAAUUUGUGUAAAUUUUGUUUUGUUUUUUUACUUCAUUUUGUUUAUAUUCUAAUUGCCGUCUAACGCACGCGCGUUUGCGGCUAUCGUUGCUAGACAGGUAUGUUAGUAUUUGUUAGGGAUUUAUGUUAAGCCGCGGGCAGAUGUGUGAGAGCAGGGUUCGAUUUCAAAGUUGAGGUUAAGUUUCUAAGAAAAAAAAAAUUAACCAUCAGUGUACUCACUGUUAAGGGAAUUUGUUCGUUUUUAAGCAUGUCGGAAAGCAGCAAGUCGUCUUACUGAAUCAUAAUAGUAAGUAAUAUAGAGAAUAUCAUUUAUUGAUUUGA